GCGGCGACCGUGGCUUCAGUCCUUUGCUGCACUAUGGCGCGGUCGGUCUGUGCUUGUUCGUUCUGCUGCCGCCGUCGUUUCUGAGCGGAGGGUCGGCCCAAAACGUUGGACCGUCCGUUGCGCGGGAUACAAAUCUCUCUGCACAAUUCUCCCUUGUUCGUAACCGCUCAGCUCUCCAGUCUUUCUCGAAGUACCUCUCCGCAGUCCACUGCUACGGACGACGAGAAACAUCCAGCACAACGACGGCUGGUCGGAAAACGAACCUGCAAGAACCGUGAAGAGACUACCAGCACCAUCCCAGGUAGGGCCAACUGCAAGAAGCCAGGUUUGGUCCAGCGCGCGCUAUUCGAAAAACCGAUACGCCCGGAAGUUUCCGGGGAUUCGCUUUUCCAGCAGACGGGCGGUUUAUCAACAACGUUUUUGGGGGCAACUCGGGCUACGUCCGACCGUUUCUCCAAAAACCCAACCUCCCGUUCAGGAACGUACGGCGACACAACAAGAAGAACAUUGAAAGAGCUUUUUCGUAAAAAGUGACCGAUUGUCACCCACGAAGAUCUCCGUCCAAGGACCCACCCGGGAACACGAAACAACUCUGCGUGGGCCCCCGCACAAGUGAUAUUCUUAACUAUAAUUAUAAUUCGUACCUAUACACGCGUUUCGUAUCCGUAGAGCUUAAAAGGGCGUUAAUCGGUCCGUUUAAAUCGAUAUAUAAACCGUCGCCAGCUACCGUGUUGGUAACCUCGUGACGUGUGAAGUGUGUUCAAGGUUUUUCUGCUUUAACGGCCGACUAACAACAAACAAUAUUACGAGUUAGAAAAUUAUUUCGAGCUUUGGUACAGACACAUGCGUGCGUUGUCUGGGACGAAAAAUAAAAAAAAUUACCACGACGAAAGGACCAGCAGUGUGGAAGGGAAGAAGUAGUAGUGUAGUGUGAAAAACGGUGACGUGUUUGUGAAACCGGCACAAUAUGAGAGUGACAGCCGCUAGCAGGCAGCAUCCUCUACAUCUGCAAGUGACCCGCACUAACAAUGGAAAGUUCCUGGUCAGUCCGAACAAUAAUCAGGACAUCAGUCAGCAGCCGACGAGUGACGAGUCGAACUCGGUGCCGGCAGUUGUCUUGCCUACUUACGAACCGUUGCCCACCGAUCACCAUGGACCUGCCGUACUCGGGGAUAGGUACCUACUUCUUGGUCCGGCCGAGGGGAGCGCUCUGUACCGAUGCCUUGACGUGCACACCGGUCGACAACUUGUCGCGAAGGCGUUGACCGUGGGCGACAAAGGUUGUGAGGCGCUGUUGCAAGCUCACCUUCGAUUAGAAGGCACCGGCGCGGCGAGUGGAGUCGCGGGCGUGGUGGAGACACCUGGAGGUCGACGAUACCUCUUGCUGGAGGGCCACCACGGUGACCUGCACGCCUACGUAAGGGCGCGGAGAAGGCUGCGGGAACCGGAGGCGAGGCGGCUCUUCCGGCAGGCGGCCAGGGCCGUAGCAACGUGCCACGAGUACGGUGUUGUACUACGGGACCUGAAGCUCAGGAAGUUUGUCUUCGCAGACGAAGCAAGGACACGGCUUCGUCUGGAGAGUCUCGAGGACGCCGUGAUCGUCGAGGACGGGGAUGACAAACUGACCGACCGACGUGGCUGUCCUGCAUACGUGGCGCCAGAAGUGUUACGCUCGGGCCGGGCCUAUUCCGGCAAAGCCGCCGACAUCUGGUCCCUCGGUGUUCUUCUCUACACGAUGCUGGUCGGUCGUUAUCCGUUCAACGACGCCGAGCACGCGUCCCUGUUCGCGAAAAUCUCCCGCGGCCAAUUCGCAGUCCCAGAGUGUCUUAGCCCGCGGGCACGAUGCCUGAUCCGCUCGCUGCUGCGAAAAGAGCCCGCCGAGAGACCGUACGCCGAGGACGUGCCCAGACACCCGUGGCUCUCGAAACCGUUACGAGUCUGCACGACACCGUCGUCCAACAGCAGAUCCUCCUGUCAGGAUCAAGUCGUACCAGAGCUACCUAACAAUCCUCAAGACUGAUUCUUCCGGGUGAAGAACGUUAUAUUCCGCGCACGCUGAAGCCAGCUUGUCGUCUUAAUCCUCUGUUUGGCCGACACGGACAUUAGGAACCGAUGUCUGGAUUUAGGGGGGACAUGGCUUUUUUCUUUUCCCUGUCGCCGACGAUGCCCGAGUACCAGGAAAAAAUACGUUCGUGUAACCUGGAACACCUGUACAGCGAGGUCGUAAAAUUGAUGGGAACACAAACGAUAUAUAAGAAUAGACCUAACAUCUUACGGGACUUGAUGUCCCACGAAAAUCACACUGGUUCGAACGCACAUCUACAUAAAAGUUUUCUAUUUCAGGGACUACGAUCGACACCGUGAUAACGCACUGCACACACACACACACACACACACACACACACACACACACACACACACCCGUGGCUGCAUAUAGCGAUACAUAUAUUAUUACCCUGCUUUUGCUAGCAAGAAAUGGAUUACUGAAAUGGUACGGGGGCUUCUGACGCCCCCGAAGCAUAAGACAGAAAAUUACAUUGCAUGUUAGGCCUAUUCUUAUAUCUCGUCUGUGGUGGGAGUCAAAAUUUUACACAGUUUCGGGCGCCGAUACAAUAAUUAGUAGAAGACGUGGAAAAAGGAUGAGUUCUAAUUCUUAACCGACUGCAGGCUAAUCUUUCCCAGUACGGUAGUUGAAGGGUCCAAUGCAAGAUGGCGCAAUGUCACAACAAUAGCAUUGUGAGAAAUUGUUAAGGCUUUUAUGAAAAGUUAGUGUACUUCGUAGCACAGGCAGGAAUUUUGUCACGUAGUUAUAAAUUAAGGGAUAAUAACUAGACACCAAGAAGUGCCAAAAUUAAUAAAAAUCUCAUGUUUCAACGUGUUCUGUGGCAUAGCUUUCACUUGCAGUGGAUCCCUCAAUUGUUAUUGAGCAAGAGACGAUGGAGACUUAAUAUCGUACAGUCUUAACCCUCCGAUGACGGUGUUUGGGUACAUUCUGUCCCAAGAUUUCGGAAACUUCACGCACCAUUACUGCUUACAGAAACAGUAACUAAAGCGUACAGUUGUUUGCAUCAGUAUUUUAUAAAAAGACCAGAUUGUAUUAAAGAAAUUCGUUUCAAAACACAUCUAAAGACUAGAUGAGUAGGGAUCAAUCUGGACGUAGGUACCACCAUCUAUUCGAUCAUCAAAAAAGUCCGUCUUCCGAGGGUUAAUAAAAGGCCUGUUGGCAGAAAUUUUAAAUAUCAAUUCACAAAUGACUUUUGCAGCCUGACAUUCAGGGCACUACUUGUAUAAGACGCGUACGGCCCUGGGUGUGGCUACAUCUAUCGGUGUCCCCACUUAAGGUGGUUCGUGCCAAAUUCGAACGACUAGAUAAUUAAAUAAAAUUCACACAAAUUGUUUAUUAGAACGAAAUACACACACAAAAAUAGUUUGAAACUCGGACGCCGAUCAAAUAAAUAAGAAAAUGUUUGUCAAAAAUUGGGUUUUCAACACAGCUCUUAUGGCAGUCUUACGAUUUCUUACCGGAAGUAUAAUCUUUUCUAUUCACAGAAAUUAGAACUGCUAACUAAAAACUAGGCACUGAAAGUAUAAAUCUUGAGGUUUCUGAUAAUAAACUAAAUCUUGUACCAUGCCGAACAUUCCAGGAAGAUAUUUGACAAUAAAGUCCAGGAUAUGUAGGUUAUUGGAUGGUUAUUGGGACUAUGUGGAGGACUUGGCAACGUUGAUGAAGUAGGGUCAUACCCGCGAAAUACAAAUACAUUUAAUAAAUAUUG